CUCUUUCAUAGUGAAUAGAAUAAACUGUUUUUAAACGUCGAAUGUUCAAAGUCUGCAAAAUGCAACAAAUAUUGAUUUCUGUUUCAUUAUUUUCUUUAGUAUAUGGAUUUCCGUGGUUCCAAGGAAGGAUUCCGAAUGGCAACCGUGUUCCGAACCCCUGUAACAGAGGAACAUGGCUAGGUGUCGGACAUUUAAGGGAAGUUGGAGGAGGGAACCGUAAUAUAUUUGGACAGGACUUUUUCCAAGCUGGUUUAAGAUGGACUGUUAAUCUUUGUGAAAUGGAUUCUGAUGGUGACGGCAAAACAAAUGGAGAAGAACUAGGAGAUCCAAAAUGUGAAUGGUACAUGGAAGCUACAAACCCUGUUAUAUUUAACGCAACUGGACACCCAGGGAUAUGCGAGCCAAUGAGUAGUGCAAAAUGUUUAAUAAAGAAUUUGGGUAUAUAUUGUAACCAUCCGAAUCCAAAGUUUGGCCGAUAA